AUGUUUAGUAAACGAUUUGAUCAAGUGUAUGAAGAUACACAAAAUAUUUGGCAUUCUCAACAAUAUUUAUUUACACGUGAAUAUUAUACACGUUCACCAUUUUUUCCACCAAUAAGUCUUAUUUAUGAUGUGUAUUAUCUAUGUCGUAUAAUAUUCUUUAAAAUAAGACAUGUUUGCUUUAAAAAACCAACUGAUCGUCGAGCAAAAGUAUUUAAAAUGAUUCCGAUAAAUAAAAAUUGUAUUAAAGAUUGGUGUGAAUUUGAAGGUGCAUCAACAUAUGAAUAUGCUCAUACAGAAGCAAAAGCAUCAAAAGUUGCAUCAAUGACAUCAACUCAUGGUUCAGAUUCUUAUAGUAUUGAAAAAGGAGAAGAUACAAGUGAUAAUAUAAAUGAUCCAAAUAAUUCAAAUAAUAAUCUACGACAAAUACAAGAUGAUUUAGCAAAAUUAAUCAAUGAUUUGAAGAAAUUAAAAUACAAUUAA